AUGACAAUCCAGAGUGUCUCAGGGACGGUUUCUGGGGACGAUGACAUCGUUACAGGGUCGGAUAAGGUAUAUCAGAAUUAUUUGAUGCCUACGUUGAAGUUAUACGAUGCUAAGGUAUCAGUAAAUCAUUGGCAGUUGAGAGACUGUGUUAAGUGUUCUAGUACGAGCCCUGGAAAUGUGUACUAUAUUUAUGACCAUUCUAUUAGAUCGUUGGAUACUAGGUCAAGCUCGGUUGAACUUCGGAAUGAAAAGUUAGAAAGGAGGAAGAAGCGAGGGUCUAUAGUUAGUGAGAUGCCUCAGUUUGGUCAGUUGAGGGAUUAUCAUGUACCUUCGGAGAUGGUAGUGCAGUUUGAUUAUAUGCCCAGAUGUUUCCGUGAGAAUGGUGGCUUGAUAGCAUGUGGGGGUCUUAUAGGGCCGGAUGAUCUGGGGAGCAAGCUGAGUCGAGUUUCUGUGCAGUCGGACGGGGAUAAUGGAGAUUCAGGAGAUCCUUCGUCGGUAGGGCAUUCGACGACGACGGCAGCAGCAGCAACAGGUGGCGGUGGCAGUGGUGUGUUAACACCGUCACAUGUGGAACCGAUUCAGUUGGCUAAUGGGAACAUCCUUGCGGACUACAGCUUUUAUGGGAACCAGCUGUCAUGGAAGGGUAUUCUCGAAUUAUAUAAUAUAGAGAAUGGCGUUUCGUUGACUUAUAAGCUAGGCCAGUACAUCAAUAAUUGUGUUGAGUUGUAUCAACGGACAUCACAACAAUACGAUUUGUACACCUGUAACAACGAUUGCCAUAUGUAUCAAUGCGAUGUGAGUAACCGUGGAGUGGAGUUGAUGAGGCGGUUUUCCGAUCUCAAGUUCGCCUUAAAUAACGCGUCCAUUUCUCACGAUGGAAAGACUAUGGUUGUAUCCGGCGAUUCUAACAAGUUUGCUGUAUAUCAGCAGAAUAAUUUAAGUGGUUGUUUCUCCUUACAGUACGAUGCAGCACCAGAAUGGGGGUCUAAGUGGUCUAGAACCAAACGCAUACCACGUUACGCUCUAAUGGAUAGAUCCGAAUACAUUGAUCGCAUAUAUGAUUCCCCUGGUGGUGAUAAUGGCUUCUAUACGAGCUACAGUGAAAGCGACCUCCAGAUGGCUACAAUCUUUCAAAAUGGCUUGUGUCUGGUUUAUGAUAUGAGAAAGAUGGAAACACCACUAGCUGAAAUAUCAUCGACUAGAAGGCACGCUCAAAAUGGAUCAUUUAGAGUGUGUAAGUUUAGUCAAUCCUUUGAUGACUUGUUGUUCAUUUCGGAACAUCAGAGUCAUGUCCAUGUUGUGGAUACAAGGAAUCUAAUGAACCAUCAAGUUAUUGUAAUUCCAGACAAAAUCAAAAAUGUCGAUGAAGGAAAUGAGCUGUCUAGCAGUAAUACUGGUGUUACCUCUGUGACCAGAAGAAAUAGCUCCCCUGCGCCAAAUGAUCCAUGUGUUACGUUAGCCAGUAAAAUUCCACUACGAAGUUUGGAACCAGAAGUUUUACCUUAUCCAAAAGUUGCCCAAUAUUCGAAUUCCCCUCCAAAUGCAUCUUCAGAUGAAGACACCGCGGGCCCUGUUGGCUCAAAUUUCAUUCGAAAUAGAAGAAGACGUACAUCAUUUAGGGUUAGGCGCUAUUCCACGAGUGCUUCUGCUGCAUUUAAUACACGAAGAUCUCUAGAAGACAUUGAUCCUACUAUCUUAGACCACCAUUAUACUCAACAAAACUAUCGUGCGGUGGAUAAUUACAAUUAUGUUAAUGAUCACGCCUCUAGAUCCUCUUCGACUGACCAUCAUAGAGCGGGUGGUUUGGCUAGGUCCAGGAGAAACACAAUGGCGAUCGACGAUGUAAUUGAAGAUGACACCUUAGAAGAAGAUAAUGAUGUUGAGGAGGAAGAUCCAAUGGGGUACGCUGAUGCCUAUAAUGAUAUUAAUGAUGUUACACAUGCUUCUCAUUUCCGUUUCGAUAGCAUACCUACCACGUCACCUCAUCGCGAUGAUGUCUCUAUGUCCCUAGCAAAUAUGUUAAACAGGAGAGAAAGUGCAUCCACCAGAUCUGCAAGGCUGCCUGUGUAUUCAACAAAUAUGGGAUCGGAUUAUUUUGAAGAGAAUAGUAUCUCUGGCAUCGACUGGGUCCAAGAUCAAGAAGGUAGUUCGUUGAUAAUAGGCACUGAUUAUGGUAUAAUUAAGUGGAAUAUCAACUCCUGGGCUAGAAGAAGUUUUCCUUGUUACGAUUUUUGUUGA